AAAAUAAGAUAAAUUCAACAAAAAUAUAUAUAUUGUUCACUCACCCUUUAUAUAUAUGGAUGAAUAUGCAUAUGUAUGUAGAUAAAAAGAGUUAUAAAAGUUUGUUGUUGUUUGGAAAGUCCUCUCGACUGUCAUCCUUCUCUUGGUUUUGGAGGUGUCUGUAAGCGAAUUGGUUGAUUUUUGGAGGCCUCUCUUUCCUGGUAUGUUUAUCCACUUAUUUAUUUAUUUGUUUAUUUAUAUAUAUAUAUAUAUAUUAACAAUUGGUAGCCAGAGGGAAAAAAUGAAAGAAAUCAAAAUUUUCAUAAGACACUGUUAUGAAGUACGGAUAUUUUUCUCGGAUAUUUCAAAAAGAGAGAUGUAUUUGUAUUAUAUUUGUAUUAGAUAUCUACUUUUUGGAUAUUCACAGAUAUAUAUCAGAUACUCUAAAUCACAUAAUACUUCUUUUACUAAAUUAAAAUUGUAGUAUUUCUUGCAUAAUAAUAUAAUAUAAAUAAUUGUAUGGAUAAAUAUAAGAAUAUUUUUCUAAUACUUUAUUUAGUUAUUUGAUAAGAAGAAUAUAGUGAAUUAAAGUAAUUAAAUUUGUCAAAUUGAUAUUUUUUUUCUUUCAUGCAUGUCCCAUAUAAUUAUAUAGAAAGUAAGUAUUAAUAAGAGAAUAUAAUAAUAGUAUAAUUAAAAUUAAAUAUCAACAUAUAAAUAAGUAAGUAAACUUGAAAACAAUAUUCUUUACCUGUGCCAAAAGGAAAAAUGCAGGGACAAGUUGUAAAUUAUUUAUUAUUAUAAUACAAACAUAUUAGAUAUUGAAAUGAAAUAUGUUCAAGAUCUAUUGAAAAUUAAGAACUAAGCAAGCUACUAUCGUAAAUUAAUAUCUAAUUCUUAAAUGUUAAUAUUUUGCAUUAUAAAAUUACAGUAUGAUUUUUUAACAUUCUUGAUUUUAUACGUAAUUCACUAUUAAUCAUUUUUAAAAAAUAAUUUAUUUAUUUUUUAUAAAAACAUAUCCUAAUCGUAUUGGUUUCAUAUUUUUUUAAGUUUUAUUCAAUAGUUGUAUCCUUAUCGUAUUAUAUCUACUAUCCUACUUCCUAGACACAAUAAUAAGAUUUGAACUAAAUAUCACACCUGAUAAGGGCACAAGGAGAGGGGGAUCAAGAAGGGCAUUGGCCUGCAAACGUCUUAAGAAACACAUGCAUAGGAUUUCCAAUAAUUUUACAAGAUAUGCUGUCGAAUGCAACUGUUGAUCCUGUCUCCCUUCACUUAGAUGAAAAGCUUACACGCCUAUCUAGUACAGACUCUGAGUGUUAUAUCUACAAAGUGCAUGAUCGACUACGUUGGCAAAAUGAAAAGUUAUAUGAACCAGAAAUAUUGGCUAUAGGACCAUAUCACCAUGGUAAAGACAACUUACAAUGGAUGGAAGAACACAAAUUAGGGUAUCUGCGAUUGCUUCUUAAACGAAGAAAUGAGACUAGUGUGGAUAGAUACAUAGUAGCCAUGAGAGAUUUGCAAGAACAAGCACUUAGAUGUUAUGCAAACUCUAUAUGGCUUAACAAAGACGAGUUUGUGAAAAUGAUGCUUCUUGACAGCUGCUUUCUCGUUGAGUUGUUUCGCAAAUUUACCAUAACAAGUAUGAGAGAUAGAAAUGACUCGCUUUUCAAAAUUGACUGGAUACUUCCAAGUAUAUUGCGCGACUUAUUUUUAUUUGAAAAUCAACUGCCAUUCUUUGUUCUUGUGCAGUUGUUUGAUAUGACCAAACUUCUCGACCCUCAUGACAAUAUCACUGAUUUAGCCAUUCGAUACUGUCAUUCUGUCAGUCAAUAUUUAUGUUAUAGUGCAUCGCUAGGUCUUGAAAAGAUUUUAUAUGCUUGUAAUGGAAUUUCAACUUGCCGAGUGAAGCAUUUUCUUGGUCUGACACACCAAAUUGCAUCUUUUUCACUCUCGAAGUCAAUACCUCUAACAAAUGUCAUUGCAGACAAGAAAAAGAUAUGGGAACACAUACAUUGUGCCACAGAGCUACAUGAAGUUGGGAUCAAGUUCAAGAAAUGUAAGCAUGAUACGUUCAUGUGUAAUGUAAAAUUUAAAAAUGGGGUAUUAGAAAUCCCAACAUUCGUUAUACAUGAGAAGACAGAAUGUCUUCUUAGAAAUGUAAUUGCAUACGAGCAACAUCAUCUCGAGGAGGACAUUGGCCUCAAAUAUACCACUGAUUAUUUAACUCUCUUGUGUUGCCUCAUUAACUCGUCACAGGAUGUCUCCUUGCUUCGUCGCUGUGGAAUUCUCGAAAACAUGCUAGGUGGUGAUGAAGCGGUUGUGUCAAUUCUUAACAAGAUUUCUACUUGUGCCAUUACACCUCAUGACAAUUUUUAUUACUCUCAAGUAUUUAACGACAUAAGCGGGUAUAGUAAGCAACGUUGGAACGUAUGGACUGCGAUGUUGAGGCGUAAUUAUUUCAACAGCCCAUGGACAAUCAUCUCGUUUCUCGGAGCUAUUAUGUUGCUUCUACUCACUUUGACACAGACAAUGUUUUCUAUUCUUGCUUACUUCUGUAAUAGAGGUUGUUGAGCCCAUGGAAAAACUUUUAAGUGAGAUUAUUUGAAAUCUUGAACUAUAUUUUUAAGAAAGUUGAAAGAAGGUGUUUGAUAGAA